AUGACCAUCCCCUUCGAGGAUCCUCUGAUGUGGAUCAGAGCUGCCUUCUUCCCCUACGACUACUUUGUCUACUCCUGCUCAUCCUCGCCACCGCCGACCCUGACUCUGCUUCCCCCUUGCUUCCAUGGCGGCGACACCAAUCCCAAGCUUGAUAAUUUCUUCCAACCAUACCGGAACCAGCAGCAGCGCAUCAUGUCGGACCAAGAUGUGGGCAUCCUGUGCCAUGGCGAACAAGGCGAGUUCACGGUGGCACAACUCACGUUUUCUGAGAAUGAUGAGUUUGAGCUCUGCGUGCUGCACCAUCCACCUCCUGGCUCUGGCAUUUCAACGGAAUGGAGUGUUAAGAAGGGCAUGCUUCUAGUUGAUGUCCUCACUGACAGCAGCAGCGACCCAGAUCAUCAGCAAUCGCUGCGUUACAUCCCUCUGCCUAAAAAGGCUUUGAAGUCUCGCCGCCCGUACAGGGACGCAGGCUCACCUGACCCAUUGCGGUGUGUCUGUGUCACUGACAAUGGCAUCAUUAAGCUCGUCUGUAUUCUUACCGAACGUCCUGCUUCGUCUUGUCCCUUCACCAUAACAACUUGGACUUUGGAUGACAAGCACGAAGGCAAAUGGACAAUGGAUGCCGACACCGCCAUGGGAGCAGAGAAAUUAUUCAGUCUUUUUGGCGCUGGCCACAGAUGCCUUCCAUGGGUGCAGCCGAGUUUUCCUUUGGUGAGCUUGGUUGAUCCUGAUGUCAUCUGCUUCUUGCUGAAGGACAAGGAGCGUGGCCUUUUUUGGAUGAUUGAGGUCAACACGAGGAACAAGAAGCUGCAGUCAAGCGCCCUCUAUAUCAAUGAAGAAGAAGAAGAAGAUGGAUAUCCCCCUAAAAGGGGCCGCAGGAACAAUUUCUUUGGUCACCAGUUCAUCGCUAGCAAGUUCUCCUCUUCUUGA